AUGCAAAACGGCCAUCUCGUGUCUCGGUGCAGCGACUACAUCAUUUACAGCGUUGAGGCCAAGAAUAUCGAUGCGGUCGUGAAGGCCUUUGGUCCUUCUACCAAGGUUGGCGCUAUAGUGGGCGGGCAAACGUCAUGCAAGACCCCAGAAAUGGAUGCUUUUAACAAGCACCUUCCCAAGGAUGUCAGCAUCGUCUCCGUGCACUCCCUCCAUGGGCCUGGUAUAGAUCCGAAAGGCCAACCAUUGGUGUUGAUCAAGUACCGCGCUUCGGACGAUGAAUUUGCUUUUGUGGAGAAUAUCAUGUCCUGCCUUAGCUCGAAGCACGUCUACCUUAGUGCUGAGCAACAUGAUCGCAUCACAGCGGACACGCAAGCAGUAACACACGCCGCCUUUUUGAGUAUGGGUGGCGCAUGGUAUGCCAACAACCAGUACCCGUGGGACAGCUCCCGUUACGUUGGCGGUAUCGAAAAUGUCAAGAUGAAUAUCACUCUCCGCAUCUAUUCCAACAAGUGGCACGUGUAUGCUGGACUGGCAAUUCUCAAUCCGGAUGCCAAGAGGCAGAUCAAGCAGUAUGCCGAAUCAGUCACUGAACUGUUCAAGCUUAUGCUCGCUGGGCAGCGGGAUGAACUACGCGAACGUGUGCAUGCUGCGCGUAAAGCUGUGUUUGGUGACAAUGCAAGUGGCAAGAAGCUAUUGCUGCGGGACGACUUGCUUGACCAGUUCGCCCUAGGCACAAUUCCAGAGAAGAAGUUGAAGAACAACCACCUAAGCUUGCUCGCCAUGGUAGACUGUUGGUGGAAGCUGGGCAUAGUGCCCUAUGACCACACGAUUUGCUCCACGCCGCCUUCGCGCAUGUGGCUCGGAAUCACCGAGUAUCUCUUCUGCAACCCUGCACUACUUGAAGAAGCCAUUGAGACGGCCAUUGAUGACAACACGUUCCGCGCCGAUGACCUUGAAUUUACUUUUGCAGCUAGAGAUUGGAGCUCGCGUGUUACCCUAGGCAACUUUGAUGGCUACAGGGAUAAGUUUGAGCAGAUUCAAAAGUAUUUUGAACCCAGGUUUCCUGAGGCAACUAAGCUGGGGAAUGAGAUGAUCAGAGUUAUACUGCAGAAGACGCAGGAUAGUUGA